GAGGCUGCCGCACUACGUCUUGCCACGCGACUUGGCCUACCCACUCCCCGUUUGCAUGAGAUCAAACAAAGCAGUUGUGAUGGAAACGAUGAAUCUACAAUAAGGAUAGAUUUCAUCGAAGGCCAAACUCUGGAGUCGGUCUGGCCCACCCUCUCUGUAGAAGAGAAGCGCGACAUCUGCCGACAGCUACGUGCAAUCCUGGAUACGAUGCGCAAGGCCGAAUGGUCCGCUACGCUUAUUGGCUCAUGUGAUGGAGGCCGUGUACUAGAUGCUCGGCUUUAUGGCGUCAAAACCGGAGGUCCAUUCAGCAAUGAAGAGGAUCUUAACAAAUUCAUUCUGGACAUUCGCGAUAUGACGCUACAGCCAAUGCGGGAUGCUCUUGUGAAACACCAGCGAAAAGACCACCGCAUCGUAUUUACACAUGGAGACUUGCAUCAAGAUAACAUCAUGGUUAAAGACGGGAAAAUCACGGGUCUAAUAGACUGGGAACUAGCUGGUUGGUAUCCGGAGUACUGGGAUUAUGUUAAGUUUUGUUAUUCGAGCGGGGCACACCGAGAUUGGAUGGAUUACACAAAAGAUAUAUUCUCUCAGUCAUAUGAAGAGGAGCUCUUAUUCCACUUGGCGCUCUCUCGUUUUCAGCGA